AUGCCCAUUCUGCUCGGCGCACUUUACCAAAGCCGAACUGCAAUCCGGGCCUGGAUCCCUCAACCCAACUUUUCAUUCUUCUCAUUGUCGCCUCUCGCUCAGAUUGCCCCGCGCAAAAUGUCGACCACCAUUUUUCACCACCCCGACACCAAAACCCCAGUAACUCUUCCUGCAGGCCUCUCUCAAACCCAACUUCUCGCCUUCCCUCCUUUCAAUGCCUGGUUCAAAACCCUCGACCACUCCCUCUCCACCCAACAGACAUCCCCACAACACCCCUUCCACACCGACCCUUACACCCUCCAAUCCAUCACCGUCCAAGCCUUCGACCUCUUCGGCAGCCAACGCCUCGGGUUCGUCAAACUGACCACCUCCAUAUCCAACAGCGCCGGCGAGAAACUCCCGGGCGCGGUAUUCUUGCGUGGACCGUCGGUUGCGAUGUUAGUCGUGCUGGUGCCGGAUGAUGUGUCUGCUGGGUCUGGGUCGGGUGGAGAUUAUGUUGUUGAUGAUGAGCGAUAUGUGCUGCUGACCGUCCAGCCGCGGGUGGCCGCGGGGAGUCUGGCGUUUGUGGAGUUGCCGGCUGGGAUGGUGGAUGAUGGGGGUAAUUUUGCGGGGCAAGCGGCGAAGGAAAUAGAGGAGGAAUUGGGGAUUGUGAUAAAAGAGGGGGAGUUGGUCAACUUGAGUGAGUUGGCUCUGGAGGGGGAAGGGGAACAGAAGGGCGAUACGGAUGGGUCGUUGCCGUUGCCGUUGCCGAAAGCAGUAUAUCCCAGUGCUGGGGGGUGUGAUGAGUACAUUCCGAUCUUUCUGCAUGAGCGGAGGGUGCCAAGGGCCCAAUUGGGCGAGUGGACCGGCAAGUUGACCGGGUUGAGGGACGAGGGGGAGAAAAUCACGUUAAAGCUGGUCAAGAUGAAAGACUUGUGGAAGGAAGGCGCGAGAGAUGCGAAAGCUCUCGCGGCCGUGGCGUUGUGGGAGGGGUUGAGGAAGGAGGGCAAGAUAUAA